GUGGUCGCCGCUCGUAGGAGGAAUGGUGGAUGGAGGCUGUUCAUGGAAGCUGAGCACGAAAAAUCGCCGCGUGAUGAUCCGUCAUCUACUUUAUUCUGCAUCACAUGCAUUACCAUUAGCUCGAGAUACUACUAGCAAAGCGUGUUAGCCAAGUAGUCAAAGCAAACGAAAAACUCAGAAAAAAAAGCCCCGACGUCUACUUUCAGAGCUCAAAAGAACGCAACCGACGAACGUAAAUUCGGUCCGGUGUGCAAGCCCGUGAUUUCUACUUUUCGUUUUCUCAAGAGUACAAAAUGUUCUGCAUUCAGAAGGUCGUCCUCGUUGCGCUCUGUGCUGCCUGCGGCCAAUGCGUCUCGCAGAAUUCGAGAUCCGCCGCAGCUUCCUCAACGAAACUGCACGUGGAGGCAUCGGUGGCGGCUAAACCUGACGCAGUGGCAGUGGAGUCGAUAUCGGCAGCCAAGGUAAAAAAGGUGCGGUUUGGAUAUAGUAUGAUGCAAUGCGACACCGGACACGACGGGUGACUGAGUGUAGACGCAAGCUUGCUCUGCAUGAGCAAUAGCCGUCUGGGAUCAGAUCAAGAUAAAGGUUGCCAUGUAUGUUAUCUUAUUUGCGAGGCAUCACAUUCAAAGAGUAGCAAUGAAUCGCACACCCACGACACGUCGACAACAUGAGCAGCAAAAAAAUCCAGGUCGGCUCCCAGCAACAAGAACCGCGAGCGGAGGCCCCAAAGCCGAAACGGCGUAUGAUGCGGUCAGAGAAAAACCCGGCCGGUUCUUCAUUCGUCGAGGAGAAAGCGCAGCCGGGCGCGGUUCCGCCGGUCGCCGCACCAGCGGGAGUCGCUACCCAGCCACAAAUGGCACAGCAGCCCAUGGCAGGCGGUCCUGCUCCGGCGGGGAUGCAGCCACCGGCUGCCGGUAGUGUCCCAGGCGCGAACCCGGCUGCCCCAGUCGACGGCAACGCGGCAUUGCAACCGCCAGCGGCCGACGCGAACGCCGCGAACCCGGGGGACGCAGGUACGCACUUGAAUUUAUGUGUUUCCUUCGGGAUGAUCUGGUACCGCUACCGCUACUGGUGCAUAACUGAGACCGAUGUACGUUCUUCACCGCCGUCGAGUCAGAACAAACUGUAUUUUGUGCUGUUUAGCGUAUAUCUGAAUGCUGGCCUCCACGAUGCAUGGUUAUGGUUUUUAUUUAGCUGGUAGACCAGAUCGAUGAAAUCGCACCAAAUCACAGCACCGGCAGAUGGUGCGGCUGCUGCCCCAAAGGAAGUCCCGAUGGUGUACCUGGCGGCCGGUGCUUCGGCGCUGAUUUUGCUGUGCCUGGGAGCGAUGUGCAUGAUGUCGGGCACGCCAUCGGAAACUGUCCAUGCAACACCGUCGCCGCCCGGACCGUGAGCAGGCUUUGGUGCGUUUUGGGAAGCGAUUUCAUAUCGAUGAAAAUUUUGAACCUUCUUUCUGAUUGUAGCUGUAGCUGUACCUUCACCUGAUGUAUAUCCCCAUUAAGUGUACCUUCCGAUGAUUUAAACUACCAAGUAAUUCCAUUUGUAAUUCGUGAGUGUCACUCUCACUGGACGCACAUGUAUAAAAUCAAAAUGAAUAUGAAGAUGGAGAACGGUGUCGUGCAACUAAAAUUGAUGAGUUAUUUUUUCGCGCGCCUUCUGCCUCUUUCUCCCUAAAGCAGGCUGCAUGCUCUGCUAGAGCAAGAGCCUGUGAAGCGAAUAUGUAUGUAAUUGUAUGAUUCUAUACGGCGUUAGCGUUUAGAAGACAUUCGUAGAAGGAAGAAACUAUCAGAAAGUGAGCCAGUUUGGUGAAGAAAAAUAGAAUUGAGGACUAGUGCAACCGAGCAGAAAAUUACCUAGCAGGAGUGAAACGCGGAUAACCUUUGUCGCGCCCAUCCUCUUGCGACUCCCUAUUUGUAUCUAUCGGACACCCCCGCAGCAGAAGAAUGAAACGAAAAACCUGCCCUCCCUCUCUGUUGGAAGCAAGCGAUAAAUUGAAAUUGCAACUGCAUUUUUGCACACUGGAGGAAUGGGAUACAGAGAUCACAAAUCAGACUAUGCUGUAGUCGUCGAACUGCAGAAGCAAUAAUUGAACGCUAUUGCAGAUGCCGCCAGGCGUGAAUAU